AAUAUAACCCCCUCGGAGGCAAGAGUAACCCACAAAAUGCCAGUUUAUUAGGUACACCUGGCUAGAACUAAUCCAGUCUAAUAUAACAGUUCUGCAAUAAAGCCCCCCCUUGGUGAAGUUGUAGUUUUGGGCUGCUGUUGAACUUCAUUGCAUUGUACAGAGAGGUGUUUCUGUUAUCUGGAAACAAAACGAUAGAAACACCCGUCGGUAUAACACGACGCGACCCAACAGCACCGCAAACCGCAGCCCUUUGAUUGGAAAGUUGAUUCAACGCCUCUCUGAAACGGUUUCAACACAGACUGAACAUUAUGACCUCGACGAAGGAGGAUUGCAUUAGACUGCAUUAGUUUUAGCUCGGUGUACCUAAUAGAUCACCAACUUAGUGUAUUGUAGCUUUUAUCAGUGUGUAGAUUUAGCAAGCUCAGUUUUCAGUAUAAUGGAACACCAAAGAGGAACACUAAAAUCUGCAGGAUUCACCAACUUUGAUGAAGAGUGCUACAAGAAAUAUGGGAAAACAUGGGGCAUUUUUGAUGGCCGUCAGCCUGUGCUGUGUAUCACAGAUCCUGCCAUGAUAAAAACAGUUCUGAUAAAGGAGUGUUAUUCUCUCUUCACCAAUCGCAGAAACUUCCGUGUGAAUGGGCCUUUGUACGAUGCUGUGUCCAUCGCUGAAGAUGAUCAGUGGAGGAGAAUCCGCAGUGUCCUCUCUCCCUCCUUCACCUCAGGAAGACUGAAAGAGAUGUUUGACUUAAUGAAGCAGCACUCUGCCAACCUGAUCAGCAGCAUGGCAAAGAAGGCAGACAAGGAUGAGCCCUUAGACCUAAAGGAGUUCUUUGGACCCUACAGUAUGGAUGUGGUAACCAGUACAGCAUUCAGUAUAGACAUAGACUCGCUCAACAACCCGUCAGAUCCCUUUGUCACUAACAUCAAGAAGAUGGUGAAGUUUGACCUUUUGAACCCCCUCUUCCUCAUUAUUGCCUUCUUCCCCUUCAUGGGUCCCAUACUUGAAAAGUUAGAGUUUUCCUUUUUCCCUGCCUCUGUCACUGACUUCUUUUACGCUGCACUGCAGAAGAUCAAGUCUGCUCGAGAGACCACCAAGAAAAUGGGUCGAGUGGAUUUCCUUCAGUUGAUGAUUGACUCCCAAAACAAGGGAGUAGAACAGGAUAAAGGUUUAAAUGAUCAUGAGAUCCUUUCUCAAGCCAUGAUUUUCAUCUUUGCUGGAUAUGAAACAACCAGCAGCUCUCUGGCUUUCUUAGCUUACAGCCUGGCGACAAACCCUGAUGUCAUGAAACAGGUGCAGGAAGAGAUUGACGCCACCUUCCCUAACAAGGCUCCUGUCCAGUACCAGGCACUGAUGCAGAUGGAGUAUCUAGACAGCGUCAUCAAUGAGACUUUGCGAUUGUACCCCAUUGCCCCGCGCCUGGAGCGUGUGGCCAAGGCGAAUGUGGAGAUAAAUGGCCUUGUAAUUCCAAAAAACACGGUUGUCAUGGUCCCCACAUGGCCCAUGCACCGGGACCCUGAUCUGUGGCCUGAACCGGAGGAGUUCAAACCUGAGAGGUUCAGCAUGGAAAACAAGGAGAAAAUUGAUCCCUACACAUACAUGCCUUUCGGAAUGGGGCCAAGGAACUGCAUUGGGAUGCGAUUUGCUCUGAUGAUGAUGAAACUUGCAGUGGUGGAGAUCCUCCAGAAGUACAGCUUCUCUGCGUGUAAGGAGACUGAGAUCCCCUUGGAGAUGGACAUCCAGGGUCUGCUCAUGCCAAAACGACCAAUUAAACUGAAGCUGGUGCCACGUUCCGAACCCUCCGGCUAAAAAAAAAAAAACCAAUAUGAAAGAGUGACAUUUUGAUAUUUUAUCUGUGUUGUAAACAUACCUCCCAUGUAUAAAAAUAAUUUGAACAGGCAAAACAAAAUGUCGGUUUUUCAGAAUAAUAGCACAGUUGUGCGUACCAACGUAUCACAUGUUUCUUUUUUCUUCCUGUUAAAGCUUUUGUCAAUAUUCAUCCUAAACUGAGUGAAGAAUAGAUCAUUUUGAAAGCCUCUGUUAACAAUAAAGCAAACUGUGGAUUUUUCUCCCGCACACUGUUAUUAUUCUAUGUAAUUAAAUCACUGUUAUAGCAA